UUUCUAUAACAACGCUCGCGGUGUAUGCGGUGUUAUUUCUAAUUCUAAUUAAUUUCAAGACGUUUUCUAUCUUGUAACCCUUGCCUUGCGUUUAAGUGCAUAAUGGAAGGUUUUGACGAUCCCGGUGUUUUCUUUUCGGAUAACUUUGGCGUUGAAGAGAACGAGUCACAAGAUCAGAUUAACCUACAAGCCGUGAAAAAGAAGUUCAAAGAAUUCAUCAGGCAAUUCCAUACCGGAAAUUUCAACUACAAAUACAGAGAUGCAUUGAAACGAAACUAUAACCUCGGACAAUACUGGGUGGAAAUAAAUAUCGAAGAUUUGUCCAGUUUUGAUGAAGUGUUGGCUGAAAAAUUGUAUAAAAAACCUACAGAACACUUGCCAAUAUUGGAGGAAGCUGCAAAAGAUUUGGCAGAUGAAUUGACUGCCCCAAGACCAGAAGGUGAAGAAAAAGUUGAGGAUAUACAGGUGUUGCUGUCUUCAGAUGCACAUGCUGCUAAUUUACGAGAGUUGAAAUCAGAAAAUGUAUCCCGUCUUGUGAAGAUACCUGGUAUAGUGAUAUCAGCAUCUGGCAUCAAGGCUAAGGCCACGAAGAUCUCCAUCCAAUGUCGAUCAUGUCGCAACAUCAUUCCAAACCUACCUGUCAAGCCAGGCCUCGAGGGCUAUGUCAUGCCCAGGAAGUGCAACACGGAACAAGCUGGUCGACCAAAAUGUCCACUAGAUCCCUACUUCAUCAUUCCAGACAAGUGCAAGUGUAUUGAUUACCAGGUUUUGAAACUGCAAGAGACACCUGAAAGCAUACCACAAGGUGAAAUGCCUCGUCACCUAACUGUUUACUGUGACCGCACACUCUGUGAGAGAGUCUCCCCCGGCGCCAGGGUCAUUGUCCUCGGAAUAUACUCCAUUAAGAAGAUUGCGAAAAUUGGGCGCGAAGGUCGUGACAAGGGUUCUGUGGGGGUGCGGUCGUCGUACCUGCGCGCCGUAGGGCUGACCACCGAAGAGGGCGCCACCGGGGGCCUGCGCCCCUUCACGGCGGACGAGGAGGAACAGUUCCGCAGACUCGCGGCGUCCCCAGACAUCUACGAGAGGAUUGCCAAGUCAAUAGCUCCUAGUGUGUUUGGUGCUGUUGAUAUGAAGAAAGCUAUCGCCUGCUUAUUGUUUGGUGGUUCCCGCAAAAGACUGCCAGACGGACUGACGCGGCGCGGCGACAUCAACAUCUUACUCCUAGGCGACCCCGGUACUGCCAAAUCCCAGCUGCUGAAGUUUGUUGAGAAGGUGGCGCCCAUCGGCGUCUAUACCUCCGGCAAGGGGUCUAGUGCCGCUGGUCUUACCGCCUCUGUUAUUCGAGAUCCGGGCAGCCGUAACUUCGUGAUGGAAGGCGGCGCGAUGGUGCUGGCGGACGGCGGCGUGGUGUGCAUCGACGAGUUCGACAAGAUGCGCGAGGACGACCGUGUCGCCAUACACGAGGCUAUGGAACAACAGACCAUCUCCAUUGCCAAGGCGGGCAUAACAACGACGCUGAACUCGCGCUGCUCAGUACUAGCCGCAGCCAACUCUGUGUUCGGCCGCUGGGACGACACCAAGGCGGACGACAAUAUUGACUUCAUGCCCACCAUCCUCUCCCGCUUCGACAUGAUCUUCAUCGUCAAAGAUGAACACGACCAGAACAGAGAUAUUACGCUAGCCAAGCACAUAAUCUCAGUGCACAUGGGCGGCGACAGCGCGGAGCGCGAGGUGUCGGCGGGCGAGCUGCCGCUGGCGCUGCUGCGGCGCUACGCCGCCUACUGCCGCGGCCGCUGCGGCCCGCGCCUCGCCGCCGCCGCCGCCGAGCGGCUGCGGGCCCGAUACGUGCUCAUGAGGAACGGCGCCUCGCACCACGAGAGGCAGGCCGACAAGAGACUUUCCAUACCUAUUACUGUCAGACAACUGGAAGCAAUCGUCCGUAUAUCGGAGUCGUUGGCCAAGAUGCAGCUGCAGCCGUUCGCGACAGAGGCGCACGUCACCGAGGCUCUGCGUCUCUUCCAGGUGUCCACGCUGGACGCCGCCAUGACCGGCAGCCUGGCUGGAGCCGAAGGUUUCACGACAGAAGAAGACCACGAGAUCCUCUCGCGUAUCGAGAAACAGCUGAAGCGCAGGUUCGCUGUCGGCUCGCAAGUGUCGGAGCAAACUAUCAUCCAGGACUUCUUACGUCAGAAGUACCCGGAGCGCUCCAUCCUCAAAGUCAUCCACACCAUGAUCCGCCGAGGUGAACUACAGCAUCGUUUGCAGAGGAAAAUGCUCUACCGACUAUCAUAAUUGACUAUACCAAUAUUACUUUUUCGAUCUGAAUAUACAGUCUGAAGUUAA